GUGUGCUUGUGAGGAAAAAACUACACUGCCCAGAAUCCUUUGCGGGGGCGGGGCAAAGACGAGAUUUCCUGCGUGUCUAUGAUAUAACAGGGCUAGACAGCUCAGUAGGAGACAGUAUGCAAGCCGUCAGGAGUAUGGCAAAAUUCAAACUCUCCUUGGUCCAGUUCCUUGUGUCUCCUGUGAAAUUAGACAACCUCAACAGGGCUUGCAAGCUAAUAAAAGAAGCUGCACAAAAAGGGGCUCAGAUUGUUGCGCUGCCGGAGUGUUUUAAUUCACCUUAUGGGACAAAGUAUUUCCCUGAAUAUGCCGAGAAGAUCCCUGGUGAAUCCACUGAGCUUCUGUCACAAGUAGCCAAGGAAUGUGGAAUUUAUCUCAUUGGAGGUUCCAUCCCUGAAGAGGAUUGUGGGAAGUUAUAUAACACAUGCGCUGUAUUUGGACCUGAUGGAACCUUAUUAGUGAAGCACAGGAAGAUCCAUCUAUUUGACAUUGAUGUUCCUGGGAAAAUACGCUUCCAGGAAUCUGAAACACUAAGCCCUGGAGACAGCUUCUCUGUCUUUGAUACCCCUUACUGCAAAGUUGGAGUGGGAAUCUGUUACGACAUCCGAUUUGCUGAACUUGCCCAAAUAUACGCCAACAAAGGCUGCCAGCUGCUGGUUUACCCUGGUGCCUUUAACAUGACAACUGGACCAGCUCAUUGGGAACUUCUACAGAGAGCACGAGCUCUGGACAACCAGGUUUAUGUGGCAACCGCAUCUCCUGCCAGGGAUGAGAAGGCUUCCUAUGUGGCUUGGGGCCACAGCACCAUAGUUAGCCCUUGGGGUGAAGUCGUUGCAAAAGCUGGUUCAGAAGAAACUGUCCUUUCUGCUGAGAUUGAUUUACAGUAUCUUGCCGAGAUCCGGGAACAAAUACCUAUCCGUAGGCAGCGCCGCCGCGAUCUUUACAAUGUCGAAGAAAAGAGGAACUAAAGACUUUUUUUUUUUUUUUUUUUAAAGAAAAAAAUGAUUCUUAUACUUCUCUUAAAUUUCAUGUUGAGAUUUUACAAUGACUACGAACAAGCCAUUUGUCUAAUUUCUCUGCCCAUUUUGCUUAGAGCAGUGCCAACCAAUGGUCACAAACCUGAGGGUAAGUUAUUGUUGUACGUUGCAUGUGUCUGGCCCAUUUCAUGCAGUUUGAAUUUGUGCUCAUAGAACUCAUGGGAAGUCCAUGCUGUUUGUAUGAGAAGCUAUAAAUAUAUGUGCCAGGCCCCCUUUCUGCAACCCAUAGCAGAGCUCAUAAGUUAUGGUUAUACCUGCCUUCUUCUUGCAGUUCAGACUAGUACUCAUUAAACCUCAUGGGAUGUUAUGGUUAUGUAUAGCAAGUUAAGAUUGUAUGCAUCUCGCCUACUUGCAACCUGCAUUUCCAGAACAUAUGGUUGUAUGUUUGGCAAGUUAUGGUGGAAGGUUCUACUUCUGCAGCCACAUCAGGGCUCAUUAACCUAUAAGUUACAGUUAUAUAUGGGAAGUUAUGAGUUUAUGUUUAUACCUCACUUCCUGCAGUCCACAUCAGGGCUCACAAACUUUGUUAGAAUCCCAAAUCAGUGGUCAAACCUCUCAUGAGAUGUUCCUGCCUUGGCAUUCUGAGGCAACGCAGUGAGCAAUAAAAGCUCUUGGGGGCCACAUAUGGGACCAGAUACAUAGUUACAGCAGUCCCUCAUUUAACUUAAAGGAGAACUAAAACCUAACUAAAGAAGUAGCUAGAAAUGUUGUACAUGAUAUUUUGUGCUUCUGUACCAGCCCAAGGCAACCACAGCCCUUUAGCAGUAAAGAUCUGUGUCUCCAAAGAUGCCCCAGUAGCUCCCCAUCUUCUUUUCUGCUGAUUCACUGCACAUGCUCUGUGCUGCUGUCACUUACUGAGCUUAGGGAGCCACUCACAAUAUACAGUACACAUAGAAUAGAAAUGUCACAAUAUAAGGCUGAUUAGUAAUUAAUACACAUAAUUACUACAUGGCAGCACAGAAACCAGUGCAAUUAGCAUCAGAAUUGAAUAAUCAGCAAACCUGUAGCAUCAGCUUAUAUUACAGCCAGGGAAGCUCAUUUUCUGCUGGAUAAUUAGUGACGAGCCCUAAGCUUAGCUUCUCAACAGCCAAUCAGAGCCCACUGAGCAUGUGAGUGUCACAGACACUUUCCAAGAUGGUGACCCCCUGUGACAAGUUUGAAGUCCUGGAUCAUUGCUGCUAUUGACAAGCUCAAACUUUAGCCUCGUGCAAUAAGUUAAUAAAAUAUGCCAUUUUUUAGGCACAUUCAUUUUUAGGGUUUCAUUUUCCUUUAAUAUUACAAAAUACCAAAGUUUCAAAGUCUGAAAUUGUAUGUAGAAAGUGUGUGAUUUCUCCAGCGCUCACAUCGGCUCAUUGGGAAUAUAUUUAAUUGAAAUUGAAUCCAAGAAUUUAAAAUGUGUUAAGUGGAGAUGCGUUACCUGCACCUUGGGAUCUUGGACUUGGUGUAUAGAGUAUAGAGUAUAGCAAUAAGGGGUGGAUAUCAGAGGUAACGGUGUAAGAGAGGUAGUAAAGUGGCAGUUUGUAAGGCAGUGAUGUAAAGGCAAAUAACUGGAUGUAGAAAAGUGUCUUAAUGUAACAUUUGUAUCCUUAAAUUUUGCAUCAUUAUACAGAAACUAGAAAUGACAUGGUUUCAGUUAGAAGACAGAUACUCAAUAAUGGUGGGACUUGUAGUUUAGCAACUACACUGUGUGCAUCAGGUUGUCCAUAUUAUAUAGAACAGGCAACUGUAACCCCUCCAGAAGUGCUACAACUUCAUCAUCUAAUAACACGUGUUAAAGUGCCAGUUCCUACAAUCUGAAGUCUAUCGGGGUGAUUGGAUUUGUAGUCAGGAGCAUCUGAAUCAGUUACUCCCUGGUGAUCUAGAAAUCGAGGUGUUUCUAUAAUAAAUGUACUUGUUGUUAAGAAAAUGUAUUUGUUGUAUAAUAAAAACAAGUUUUAAAUUUA